AUGACUUGUGAUUUAGAAAUUGCACCAGCUCUCCUAGUAGAGAUACCAAACGCUCUUGACUCUGAUACUCUAGAAAUAUACCAAACCCAGCCAGAAGUAUCCACACCUCUCAUUUAUAACCCAGAACAAUUAUCUGCACCUGCAAACACCAAUAUAAUAGGACCAUCCACAUCUUGUCUGCUACCACCAACAUCUCCACCACAAAAUGACCCACAAACCACUCCGAUGUCACCACAAACUGACUUCCCACCAGCAACACAUCAUGCCUUCAAUUACUCAUUUAAUGAAAAAAAAUUAAGGGUGCAAAUUUUAAAACGUGAGCACUUAAGUAGAGAGAAAAGGGCCGAAGAAGUACACAGUAUGAGAAAAAAAUUUGAAGAAGAAAAGCAUUCAUUAGAAGUGGAGAUAUUGAAAGAAAACCUAAGAGAAGCUAAAGCUAGAGCAGAGUUGGAACAAAGAGAACUGUGCUGA